AUGGCGACUCUCGUACCUCCUCCGAGCAAGCGCCAAAAGCGCGAAAUUGCGGAGAAGGCACGACAGCAACAGGAAAUCGAGACCAUCCCCAGCGACCUGGGUAGCAUCCGAGUCCAGUUUGUCGACCAGGCCACUGGCACGCCGACUGGGCCUGCAGUGUCUGUUCCUGUUGCUGAUGCCAAUGUUAAGAACCUUGAGACACUUCUGAAUACACUCCAGGGUAAUGACGAACAUGAGCGGGUGCCAUAUAGAUUCACAUAUCAGUCAGAAGGCGAAGAUGGGCAGGUUGUCGACAUUUUGUCGGAUUUAUAUCAUUCGUUGUUGAAGCCGGGUAUCAAAACCACCGAAGAUACAGUCCACCUCCACUACACCCCGCAAGCAGUAUUUCGAGUCAAGGCGGUAUCACGAUGUUCUGCCUCAAUAUCCGGCCAUGGAGAAGCAAUCCUUGCUGCCGCGUUCUCGCCCGUGUCCUCGGCUACAAUGGUUACUGGAAGCGGUGACUCAACCGCUAGAAUUUGGGAUUGCGAAACUGGCACGCCUUUACAUACACUAAAGGGUCAUACGAACUGGGUCCUGGCGGUCAGUUAUUCUCCCAAUGGCGCCAUAAUUGCAACAGGGAGUAUGGACAAUACGGUGAGACUGUGGGAUGCAAAGAAAGGCUCGCCUCUAGGAGGCCCACUCAAGGGCCAUACUAAGUGGAUCAACAGUCUGGCGUGGGAGCCUUAUCACCUGCAAGAGUCUGGCAGGCCUCGUUUGGCCUCCGCGUCGAAGGACACGACGGUCCGCGUCUGGGAUGUUGUCAACAAGAGGAUUGAUAUUGUCCUCACGGGACACAAGGGUUCAGUGACCUGUGUUCGCUGGGGCGGGACAGGAAAGAUAUAUACUUCCUCCCAUGACAAGACGAUCAAAGUGUGGAGUUCGAAAGAUGGCAGUCUCAUUCAGACGUUGGCUGCGCAUGCCCACCGCGUAAACCACCUGGCUCUCUCCACUGACUUUGUCCUCCGUACUGCGUUCUACGACCACACGAAGAAAGUUCCAGAGACAGAGGCGGAAAGGGUCGAGAAGGCGAAGCAGCGAUUCGAGAAAGCUGCCACAAUCAAUAACAGAAUUACAGAGAAGCUUGUGUCGGCAAGUGACGAUUAUACCAUGUAUCUCUGGGAUCCGGAGAGCUCGUCGAAGCCGAUUGCUCGGUUACUGGGUCACCAGAAAGAAGUGAACCACGUCACGUUUUCUCCUGACAUGGCGUACAUUGCCUCUGCGGGGUUCGACACCCAUGUCAAAUUAUGGAACGCCCGCGAUGGGAAGUUCAUCACAACACUGCGGGGUCACGUCGGCGCCGUUUAUCAGUGCUGCUUCUCGGCUGAUUCUCGUCUUUUGGUCUCAUCCUCCAAAGACACAACUCUUAAAGUCUGGGAUGUCCGUACGGGGAAGCUGGCCAUGGAUCUUCCAGGGCACCAGGACGAAGUCUACGCCGUGGACUGGAGCCCAGACGGCGAAAGAGUCGGCAGUGGAGGCAGAGACAAAGCGGUGAAGAUAUGGCGGCAUUGA